UUUUACCUGAGUUCUUUGCUGGUUGCCCUGAAGGGGAGUGAGGUUGGUGCUUGUUGCUUGACUGGCUGGCUGGUUGGUUGGUUAGCACCGAGGCCAUGGUCAAAGCAGACCCGGCUAGUACAGUGGAGUGCUUCGAGCUGUUAGGAGCUCGCUGCGGUUGCAGUGUGCGAGUGAGUACGAGCGGACAUACAUUCAUGACAAAACUGAAUUUGUUGUGCGAUCAGUGGCAGGAUCUUAAUGCGGUGCGGAUACAUUUACAGCGACCGACACCCGGUGCUGUCAGAUUUAAUGAGUGAGUUGAGUGGUGGUUCGUACGUGAAGCGCUGCGGGUCGCUACGCACCGUCCGUCGCGACGCGUCUAUGGAGCCCCAACUCCAUCUAUGGCCAGUUCUCGUGGCACAGUGUUAAUGUGGUGAAACUCGAUAGAAAGAGUGAAACAUAAUAUGUGAUGAAUAAUAUUAAAAAGAUUGGAGAGGAAAUAACGGUAGAGAGUAAUUAUGUAAACAAGCGAUUGCCACGUACCUAAUAAUAUUAGUCACAAUGCAAGUCAGUCCGGUGGUGUUUACGGUGCUGCUAGGCGCCAUCUUUGGUGUUCUCUCAGCGUCGCUAAGUAAAGCGCUGAGAUAUCAGGCGCCUGAUGAGUGUAAGUGGGUGGUGCUUAAUACGAACGGCGGCAAAGGUGAUUUCUCGGGUACGGGUGGAAGCGAAGGGGGCUUCGAUGAAGAUGUCGCUCUUGUUUGUCGGUUAAGAACAAUUAACAGUGAACUGGAGAACACAAAUUUCAGCGUGAUACAGCCCCAGCACACGGUCCGACUGAGGCUUGAGUGCAGUGACAUUUUGUUUUUUCAGAGUUCACUUAGCUCAGGUAGUUUUAGACCUUUGGUGGAACUCAAGGAUCUUGCCAUCGAGUACUGUAAAAUCGGAAACCUCUCAGCAGGUGCGUUUAGAGGGCUCCGUGAACUGCGCAACCUCACGGUGCGCACACACAACACGGACUGGUCUGCAAUGACACUUGAAGUGGACCCUGACGCUUUCACCGAGGACUUAGGACUUCUGGAACGACUGGAUCUCGGCGAGAAUAACAUGUGGAGUCUUCCUGAUGGAGUGUUCUGCCCACUACACAGCCUAGAAUCACUUAAUUUGACUAGAAAUCGACUUCGCGAUGUGGUUGGGUUCCGGUUCGCUAGUACAGUCUCCUCAAACCUCAAUCCCUCCCAGCGCUGUGGUGGUAACCUGAAGAUCCUCGACCUCUCCAACAACAGUAUCGAUUCACUUCCUCCUGCAGCAUUUUCCGGCUUGUCACGACUACACAAGUUAAAUCUACAGGGAAAUGGGAUGUCGUUUCUUGCAGACAGGUGUUUGGAAGGACUCACCUCACUCACUAUACUUCGUCUCGCAGACAACAAGCUAGUCAGUCUCCCACCCGAACUGUUUGCAGAUACUCGUGAUAUAAAGGAGGUGUACCUGCAAAACAAUUCCAUCAAUGUCUUGGCUCCGGGAUUGUUCAACGACCUAACACAACUCCUUGUACUUGACUUAUCAAAAAAUGAACUAACAGCGGAGUGGGUGAAUACUGCUACGUUUACAGGGUUGGUACGCCUUGUAGUGCUGGAUCUGUCUCACAAUCGCAUAGCCAAGAUGGAACCGGCUGUGUUUCGGGAUCUAUACAGCAUGCAGAUAUUACGACUGGAAGAUAACCUCAUAGAAAAUAUUCCAGAGAAUACAUUUUCAUCCCUAUACAACCUGCACACUCUUAUCCUUUCCAACAAUAAAUUAGCUGUAAUCGACAGUUACACUUUCAAUGGAUUAUAUGUCCUUAGUCUACUAUCCUUAGAUAACAAUCUAAUCCAAUCGAUCCAUCCACAGGCACUAAAAAAUUCGUCCAGCCUUCAGGACUUGCACCUGAACGGCAACAAACUGUUUGAAGUUCCUACAGUACUGAACGACGUACCACUCCUCAAGACACUGGACCUUGGCGAGAAUCACAUUGCCAAUAUUGCCAACUCCAGCUUCGGCACAAUGCAACAUAUCUAUGGACUUCGUUUAACAGAAAAUAACAUUGGAAAUAUCACUAAAGGCACCUUCGAAAAAAUGUCUGCUCUUAAAAUAUUAAAUUUAUCCCGGAACAGAAUCCAGAAGGUGGAACCCGGAGCCUUCGAUGCUAAUGUUAAUCUACAGGCUAUUCGACUGGAUGGUAACCAGCUCACCGACAUCGGAUCUCUCUUCACAAAGCUUCCCAGUCUCAUAUGGCUUAAUAUAUCUGACAACCAGCUGGAAUGGUUCGAUUACGCGUUAAUUCCUACAGGACUACAGUGGCUGGACAUCCAUGCAAAUCGCAUUGCUGAGCUCGGAAAUUACUUCGAGAUUGAAAGCCAACUUCAUCUUAGUACAUUUGAUGCUAGUUCCAAUAGGCUGACAGAGAUCACCGGAAGCGCCAUUCCUGACAGCGUAGAGCUGUUAUUCCUAAAUGAUAACCUUAUCUCAAAAGUACAAUCCUACACAUUUUUCAAGAAACCGAACCUCACCCGUGUGGACCUCUUCGGCAACAAGAUAACCAGUCUAAAUCCUAAUUCGCUACGUAUAUCAGCCGUUCCUCAACUUCGUGCCCUGCCAGAGUUCUAUAUCGGUGGCAACCCCUACCAGUGUGACUGCACCAUGGAUUGGCUGCAGAGGAUUAAUGUGGAGAAUCGAGCAAGGAACCAGCCGCGGCUGAUGGACCUCGACAGCAUAUACUGCAAGCUUCUGUACAACCGCGGACGCACGUACGUCCCCCUUGUGGAGGCUGCGCCGAAUCAGUUCCUGUGUCGCUACGAGUUCCACUGCUUCGCAUUAUGCCACUGCUGUGACUUCGAUGCCUGUGACUGUGAAAUGACAUGUCCCACUAAUUGCACAUGUUACCACGAUCAAUCCUGGUCUGCUAACGUGGUGGACUGUGCUGGAGCCGGCUAUAUCGAUCGCCUACCUGAUCAAAUUCCCAUGGACGCUACCCAGUUGUACUUAGACGGCAAUGAUAUCCGGGCUAUAGGUAGUCACGCCUUUAUUGGACGCAAACGGCUCAAGAUUCUCUUCAUGAAUGCUUCAAAUAUAGAAAUAAUACACAACAGGACUUUCAACGGACUGAAAGAACUCGAGCUGCUACACGUAGAAGAUAACAGAAUCCGCGAGUUGAAGGGUUACGAGUUCGAAGGGCUGGAGGGACUACGAGAAUUGUACCUUCAAGGAAACAAAAUCACUUCCAUCCAUAACGCAACAUUUAUGCCCAUGCGGGAACUUCGGGUCCUGCAUUUAGACCACAAUCUCAUCACUCACUUCUCUGUCUGGCAGCUGUCGUCCGACCUCACAGACAUUCGUCUGUCCGCCAAUCCAUGGUCGUGUGAAUGCGGGUUCACUGAUAAGUUCCGAGAGUGGAUACAGCAUGCCGGCGAAACUAUUGGCGAUCUCUCCUCAAUUCGGUGUGUCUCCAGCAACGGAACAGAACUCGAGGACGGUAAUGUCAUGUUGGAAGAAAACGAGGAGGAGAAUGGGUAUUACCUGAUCUCGGACAAAAACUCCACGUGCUUCGGCGCCAACGUCAUAGACAACACCAUCAACGGUAAUUACACCUCCACCAAGACCAUCAUCCAACGCCAAGCCAUUCAGGAUUACCUGCCCCUCCUCAUAGCAACCUUAUGCGCCUUCCUUAUCGUUGUUGCCACCACACUAGCGGUAUUCAUUUUCCGGCAAGAAAUGAGAGUUUGGUUCCACUCCCGGUUCGGUAUCCGGCUCUUCUACCGUAGAACUGACAUCGAUCGGGAUGACAGAGACAAGUUGUUCGACGCUUUUGUUAGUUACAGCUCUAAGGAUGAGGCAUUUGUCGCCGAGGAGCUGGCGCCCAUUCUGGAGCAUGGCGACCCGCCAUACAAGCUGUGUCUCCAUUAUCGUGACUUCCCUGUGGGCGCCUUUAUAGCGGACACUAUCGUGCAGGCCGUGGAAUCGUCCCGGCGAACAAUCAUGGUUCUGUCGGAGAAUUUCAUCAAGUCUGAGUGGUGCCGGUUCGAGUUCAAAUCUGCGCAUCACCAAGUGUUGCGGGACCGAAGAAGGAGGCUUAUCCUCGUCCUCCUCGGGGAAGUGCCACAGAAAGACCUGGACCCCGACAUCCGGCUGUACCUGAAGACCAACACGUACCUCCAAUGGGGGGACAAAUUAUUCUGGGAAAAACUGAGGUUCGCUCUGCCAGAUGUUCCCAACAACCAGAGAACUUGUACUGCUACUCGUAAUAGCAACAACACGAACAACAGCAACCACCAUCACGUGGUGCAUCAUCACGUCCACCGUCACAACAACCACAACCACCCGAACAACACGUCUGGCUCGUCAAACACAACGAACACGACGCCCAGAUCCGUCGCCAUACACAUCUGAGUCAGUGAAUCAGUGUAACGGUGUUUGGUGCCAAACCAGAAAUGCUAGUGAUUUACAGAUCAAAUUAUUAUAUUAUAUAAUAGUGUGUAAAUAUGGUAUAAGUGUAAUUCAGUGAUCCGUUUCAAGCCGAGAUAUUUUUGUUGUGACCCAUAAGAGCGGCGAAUGUGUUAAAAUAAUUAAAAAAAAAAGCCUUGUAAAUACGAUUCCCAAGCUGAUCAAUAUAAACGCAGGUACAUAGAAUAUCAGUUUCAGCAUACAACUGUUGUACAUAAUGAUUCGGAGCAUUGUGCUGUGAACGAAAUAAUUUAUUGUAGUUUAUCUUCUUUUCUUUCUCGCUUUCUCCAAGAACUUUAUUGUAAUUAUUGCUUUGAUUAUGGUGCUAUUCUGCUUCCGCAUUUCAUCAGCCGUCCACUACGAGUGUAAGGUAAAACAAUUUCAUUGUUUUUUACAGAUAUGUAACACUACAGUAUAUUUGGUAACAAAGAAACACUUUCACAAUGUUACUUCCAUUUCUGUAAUUUCAAUAUUCACGCGUUCUGAGGAGAAGACAGCUAUUACGAUGAACAGUGAACAGUAGAAUAUUUUUUAUAUUUUUUGUAUUACUUUAUAAAGACACUAGUUUGCGAACUGGUUCAGAGUCGACGUGUGACAUAUGAAGUUUACUGUAAAUACAAAGUGCCUUGCUAUUGUGGGAUUAAAGCGGCCAAUAAAAUCCCGUCAUUAUUAUGAA